UGGCACAGAAAAGACGUCACACACACACACAUACGUCACACACACUCAAAGAGGAAGUGGAUGCAACGCUAUAGCUGCAUAUCUCUAGCUUUAAGACAUUCUUUGGCAUUGGCAACUGGAGCAAUACUAUUAACGUUUGAAUCGACUAAUUCUGGAGUCAGCGGCUGUGUAGAGUUUGCAAUCUUUUUUGUCUUUCGGCAUGCAAUGAAUCGCGAAAUACGAGAACAGGAGUGAGCGUGGUGUUAUCCAGCCCUGUCUAACCCAGCCAUGGAGAAGCCGUGGAGGCUGUGGGCAUCAGUGGAGCGAUGUGCCCUGGCUCUGGCCUCCUGGUCCUGGGGAGCCUGCCGCAUCUCCCUCCUUGCCCUCAUCCUCACCUUCCACCUGUACGGUGGGGUGCUGCUGUUGGUCCUCAUCCUGGCCUCUGUGGCUGGCAUCCUGUACAAGUUCCAGGAUGUGCUUCUCUACUUCCCCGACCAGCCCUCCUCCUCUCGCCUGUACGUCCCCAUGCCAACGGGCAUCCCCCACGAAAACAUCUACAUCAGAACGAAGGAUGGUGUGAGGCUCAACCUGAUCCUGCUCCGAUACACAGGAGGAGACAUCCCUCCUGGGGUCGCCCCUGGCAACCAGCCCAAUCUUGCCAACUCCUCAUCCGCCCCGCCCACCAUCCUCUAUUUCCAUGGUAACGCAGGCAAUAUCGGGCACCGGGUGCCUAACGCGCUGCUCAUGCUGGUCAACCUCAAGGCCAAUGUUGUACUGGUCGAUUACCGCGGUUACGGUAAGAGCGAGGGCGAGCCCAGCGAGGACGGACUGUACCUGGACGCCGAGGCGACGCUGGACUACGUCAUGACCCGGCCCGACCUCGACAAGACCAAGGUGCUGCUGUUUGGCCGUUCGCUAGGGGGCGCCGUGGCGGUGCGCCUGGCCUCGGCCAACCCCCACCGCGUGGCCGCCAUCAUGGUGGAGAACACCUUCCUCAGCAUCCCCCACAUGGCCGCCACGCUCUUCUCCUUCAUCCCCAUGCGCCUGCUGCCCCUCUGCUGCUACCGCAACCAGUUCCUGUCCUACCGCCAGGUGGCCUCGUGCCGCAUGCCCUCCCUGUUCGUCUCGGGCCUGUCGGAUCAGCUCAUCCCUCCGGUCAUGAUGAAGCAGCUGUACGAGCUGUCGCCCGCGCGGACUAAGCGGCUGGCCAUCUUCCCCGAGGGCACGCACAACGACACCUGGCAGUGCCAGGGCUACUUCUCGGCCCUCGAGCAGUUCGUCAAAGACCUGCUGCAGAGCCACGCCCGCGACGAGAGUGCCCAGUCAACAGCUAGCGUCACCAUCAUCUAGUCGAGAGGGAAGGAGGAGGAGGAGGGAGGGAACGCAGAGACGACCUCAAGCAUUUCCUCUGCUUUCAUAAAACAUCAGAGGUUGAAUGGGAGGAUGGAGGGAUGGCGAGAGCCAGGUUUUCUCUGCUCUCUCCCCUCUGCAUGCAGUGGCCUGGGGUUGUUUCUGGACCAUGGGAUGGGAUGUUAGCCUAGCCUUUUACACAGUAUAACUAUCAUCUGACACCUCAACUUGGACACAAUGGGAACUGAUGUAACCUUGUCUAGGCUAACUUGGUUAGGUAAAGCAGGGCUGGUCCGGUCCAGGCUUAAUUAGUCACAUCCUGGGAGAGAUUCGACAUUUUUAUACUUUUUGUCUGGGUUUGGUUUGAACUUUCCUGUUUCUACAUGUCUGUUUUUACAUGUCUCAUCGGUUACUGAAAGGGCUGCAGAGUUGUGUGUGUGUUGUGGGGCAGCUGCUUUCAUACAGUAUAUCUUUUGGAACAGAAGUCAUACAAAAUAUCAAACUUUUAUAAUGCUGUGUUUGUGGAAGGUCUGCCCAAACAUUUUAAGUGAGUCAAUAACUACUUUCGCCUAUAGUGAAAAAUAAAUCAUCCCUUCAAAUAUAUAACAACAAAUGAUUGAUGUUUCAGCAAUCCAUUAAGUUUGGUCUGAUUCAAGGCUGUACAACCUUAGACCUUACUUGUGGAAUUCGUUUUUAGCCUUAUUCUGCAUCUUCACUAUGCAGACAGGUCACUAACACUGCUACACAAACACACACAUUGGGAUGUUGGUAUAGGCCUAAAAGGUGUUUGGUUUUCAUUUGAGCAUGUUUAGCUAAAUGUUCAAGCUUUGAUUUCUCUGUAGUCGCUGUCUAGUGAGGGGUGUUGCAUCAUCAUCCAGAGCCGUGGUCUCCAGGUGAAAUGGCUUUGUCUGCUCUGAGUCUGCCGACAAGCUUUAGGUUUUAAGUAACCUUUCCUGCAUGUCUUCCAGGGAUCCAGACUGAGCUAGAACAACAACAACACACACAGCCUGUUUUCUCUCUUUCUCUACCAUGCGCUGUGCCGACUGCAUUGCAGUGAUAUCAAAGCCAUCUAGGUCCUCUGAACAGCAAACCUGCUCAGCAUUGGCAGCCAUUUUUGAUAGGCGUGUAAGCAGCAGUCAACAUGGACUCAACAAGAGUUUCACAACUGGGAGACAAAGUCUGUGUCUGUUUAAACAGUGUUUCUCUUUUGAACUUUAUUGCACACGACGUUCCAUAAUGUAGAUCCUCUGUGCUGAUUGUGGAUUAGUGGAGCAGUGUACUUAAGGGAGUAAUGUACAGUCUUACUUCUGACACUGCGUUUUGGGGAUUUUUUAAUAAUAUGCAUUGUGCAUGGGUGUUCAGAAACCUACAGACAGGCAGUGAAUGCAUUGUCUGCCUUUCUACCCUACCCAAUACUCAUGCUGGUCUGUCAGUCUCUCCCAGCCUUUUUUGAUUGUGUGCGCUAGGUUUGGUUUCCUGUUCUACUCCAGAGCAGAUAAAGACGAGUCGACCUGCGCUCCGUAGGUUGGGCUGGCACAAACUGGCACAAUGCCUCCCACACCACUGCCCUAACAACGACUAACAAUAGGUUUGCGCCAUACCCGACUGUGCAGAAAGCUGACUGACAGACAGGUUGUUUGACUGCGUGACAUGCCCACUGCGUGACCAUACUCUGCCCCCAUCCACGGAGCUAUCUCCGGGGACUGAACAAUAAACUGGAUCCUUCUGUAGAUAGAGAUAAGUGAUUACCAAACUGAAUGUCUGUGUCCUUUUCUUAAAGAAAUGCCUUUACAGGUGUGUGUGCUGGUCUUUUUCAAGGUAUUUGUAGGUUGCCAGGCUGGUGAAUGGAGUGAAAGCUGCCAGCUGGGGUGUUGGGUUCUCACUGUCACAAUGUAUGUUAAUGAGUUUGCUUAUGUGUUAGUGUGAAAUGGUUAUAAAGUGGCACUGUAUGCUCACUGACAGGAAGACCAUUGUGUUAUGAUGGGAUAGUGGCUUCACGGUCUGUAUAUCUACUGAAUGCUUUAAUCUCUGAAUCGGACAUCUAAAUAUGCUUUUUUUGAUUUAUUUUUUAAUAAUGCUACAGUUGGUGUUAUUUUAUUUCCCAAACCAUUUCGACCAGUUCUUUUUGUAAGGACACAGCUUCCCUUUGUAUUCUCUGUACAGUAACACGCAAUAAAUUAUUACUCUGAGGAUUA